AUGGUAAUGGAAUCUGUUCGCUUUUGGAUUCUUCUUAUAUUUGAAAUUCCUUCAUUAAUCUGUUGUCUUCUUUUACUUUAUUAUUUAUGUUUUGAGAAAAGUUUCCGAACAAAUUUAAAUCAUCACGUUUUUCUUCUAAUUUUAAUCAAUGUUCUUCUUAUCGAACUUAUUGAUGUUCCAAACUAUUUAACAUUUCUCCGUUUAAAUUUUGUUUGGCCUCAACUAUCAAUCAAUUGUUACCUUUGGUGGUUUAUUACUUAUGGAAAUUAUAGUAGCAUCGGUAUACUUAUGGGUUGGGCAUCAAUCGAAAAACAUAUAUUUAUCUUUCAUUCUCAAUUGUUAAAUACAAAAAAGAAACGUAUUUUGUAUCAUUAUCUACCACUUUUAAUGAUUAUGUUCUAUACUUCUAUCUUCUAUAUUAUUUGUAUUUUCUUUGCAUCUUGCGAACCAGUCUUUGAUUAUAAUUCAAGUUGGUGUUAUACACCAUGUUAUACUCGAAUAGAAAAUCUUAGUCGAUAUGAUAUAUUAAUGAAUACAAUUUUACCAAUUUUUAUUAUUAUUAGUAGUGAUGUUUUCUUAUUUAUUCGUGUUAUUAAACAAAGACAAAGUCUGCAUCAAGAGAUACAAUGGUAUAAAUAUAAACGAAUGAUUAUACAAAUAAGUUUAUGUUCAUUUUUAUUUCUUGCAUUUCAAAUACCUACAAUGUGUUAUAAUUUUGCACAGACAUUUGGUUUAAAAUAUGAAAUAUCUGAUGAAAUUGUAACAUCUUUAUAUUGUUCAGCAUAUUUUAUGGUUCUUCUUAUGCCAUUUCUGUGUCUCAUUUCAUCAAAAGACAUUUGGUUGAAAAUUAAAUCAAAAUAUAUUCGAAAUAUAAUUAUUCCACAAAUAACUAUCCGAUAA